AUGGGGCUCUUUCAAAACCUAGCCAAAGCGCUACGCAUCGGCAAAGCGAAAUACAUCAAAGGCUACGAUCUCGCCGGGAACGCAUACCUCGAACUGCCUUCGCUAUCCGGCUCGCUCGAUCCACGGCACACGCGACGCUCGAUCCAGUGGAAGGAGAAAAAGCAAUGGGGCGACUACGACCAGCGUUCGAUCCCUGUGCAAUGGGUCAUGUGGUUGCGGCACACGCGCAGGGAGGCACCGACGCUCGAGGAGCUGGCGCUGGAUCAGCAGCGGAUUGCACUUACACAGGCGAAUGCCGCGCGGCUAGCGCUGGAGGAUAGGACAAGGCGCGAGAGAGAGCAGCAGGCGAGGCUGGAGGAGCAUAGCGAGGCGAAGCUGAGAGCAACGCAGAGGUUGAUCCAGAGUGCGAGUGGUGCACAAAACGUGCCGACAUCGACGGUCGUGGAUGAGGGAGUGGAAGAGAAGGCGCAGGACAGAGUAAAGAGGGAGGAUCUAGGCGAAGGAGGGAGGUUGCAUCAGGAGAGGACGCCGGAUCAAGACGUUUGGGCAGCAAGCAGGGCUAGGUUGGCUGCGAAGGGUCAGUUGUCCGCCGAGGAUUCAAAACCACCAGAAGCGAGUGGAGGACAGGGACCAGUAUCGGAAGCGCUGCAACAAGCCAUGGACCGAAGAGCAGCAAGGAGAGCAGAGAGGAACGACGAGGAUGCAGAGCGCGAACGGGCACGCAAGGAAAUGUCGAAAUCGCCCUUGGAUGCGUUUGUGCCCAUGCCAAAGGCCCGCAAAUAG